AUGGAGAACGGGGAGAAGCGUGGAACGAAGCGGAAACAGCACUCCCUGUCCGAGAGCUCGGAGCCCAACCUGAGCCGAAGGAAGAAGAUCAAAGCCAGUCUGGACGUGCCUGGCGAGCCGCUCAAUGCAAAGAAGCAAGCUCCGAAGAAAUCAAAGAAUUCAAAGAAAGCGAAGAGGGCGAAGAUCACGAACCUCUCUGACAACAACGUUGAUCAGAAUGCCGCGACUCAACAUGAUGGUAGCGUGUCGAAGACUGAAAAGAAUCUACUCGCCGCUUCCCCAUCUGGAGAACCCGCAGUCGUGCCUGCCAAGCGCAAGAAGUCUGGACAGAAGAAAAAGAAGCAUACGGUAGAUGCUGGUGAGAAGAAGCUUAAAGAAGAAGCCGACCGACUGGGCAUCAUGAGGAGCGUUUCUCUUGCCGGCUCAGCGGCCAAUGACCCAGCAGUCCUGCAUGCGAAGCGCAAGGCUAAAAGAGACAAGAAACGGCAGAAGCAGCGAGAGAAGCAACGUUUGAACACCCUUGAGAAGCAGCUAGAAGGUGGAAAGUCCAAUGGCGAACCUAGCACUGCACCCAUCACGAACGACCAUCAAGUCACAGACAAAGGCAAUGCCACGGUCGUCGACAUCAACGCUGGUAAAGUGGAAAGGCAGGAAAGUUGCGAGAUUACACAGCAACCCGAAGAAUCAGUGGCGCUCGAUGAAAGGUCGGAGAAUGCAACCGCCCCAGGGGUGACUGACGAGGCCUACGAGAAAGCAAGGAAACCGGCUAAAAGGAAGAGACGUCGUGCUCAAAAAUCAGUAACUCCUAAAAUGGGUGAGAGUCCUCCGAUCGCGCUAGGUUCAAUGCGCUCUCAAGCUACUCCAAAGACUCUUUCAACUGCGCAAAGCCACCCACUCAAAAAGCUCAACAUCUCCAGGCCUGUCGGCUUCAUGCAACGUUUCGAGUGCCCGCCUGAUCACUUGAGAAGAAGCUCCUGCGAGGAGAUGGAAGCUUGGAAUAGGAGCAAUGAAGAUUCUGAAAGUGAGAGUGAUAGCGAUCUCGAGAGUUUACCUGAAGAGAGGCCAAAGUUUACGAGCGGAUCCUGGCACGAGAGUUGGGCCAACUUGAUCAAUGCCGACCUAGUCGAUGCAUCUGCCAAGCAAGUUGAAGCCGAUCCCAAUGACUCCGACGCUGUGUACGAAAUGAUUCACGAGCUUUCCGAGAGCGUCCUGGGAGAUCAUGGCGUGAGCGUAGAAGACUGUAAGCCCGAGCCUGAGCAAUCAGUUUCUGGCCCCCGGGAUGCUCUAACACACGACUUUAGUGCUGAAGAUGCCGAGAACGGGGUCAAUAAUGGCUUAAAUUCCAGUGUUGAGUUGGCACACGAGUACACAUUGAGCCGGUUGUCGACUCCGCCGCCAACGCACGAACUUGCGCAUGUAAAUGAGGAGCGCCCUUACUACUCUCCACGAGUCCUCAUCCCUCUGUACUCUCCGACUGCAGGAGAUGGAUCGACAGUUCGCAGAGAGACAGAAGAGCGAGCAGAAACGAAGGAUUCACAAGAGGCAGACGAAGCAACGCAAUCAACUUCAGCCCCAGCAGUAGUUCCUCCGCCGCGGGUCCUCAUUCCGCCACCCGAACCGGGUGACCUAGUACCAGGCCCCUCAACACCGAAGCUUGCGCAAUCCAAUUUGUCCAUUGCUACACCGAAAGGGGGCUCGUAUUCGAGGAGAACACCAAAAUCAAGAAGAUCACACACCGGUGCCAUCAGCAAAUUCUUCAUUGACAACCGAGUCGACGUCUUCAACACGACAAGCAGUAGUCGGAAGGUUCCUGCAGGUACGUCAACUGCACCGUCGCCUCCGAUAUUCGCAGCGACAUUUGGACUCAUCCAGGAAGAGACCUGGCGCGAACCUUUCUGGCUUCUUGUAGCCGUUACAUUGCUCAACAGGACAACCGGACGAGCUGCCGUUCCUGUAUACAAGCAGAUCAAAGCCCGCUUUCCGACGCCCGAAGAUCUUGCAAAGGCAGAAUACGACCAUUUGCUUGAGAUGGUUGGACAUCUUGGCUUGCAGAGAGGUCGCACGCGGAAUUUGAUCGAGCUUGCCAAAACCUGGGUAGACAACCCGCCCGUUGUUGGGAAGCUCUAUAGGAAGAGGGACUACCCUACAAAAGGCGAUGGCAUGGCUGCCGAUGUCGCAAACGUUGUUGAAGAAGACAUGCCACUCUGUCAGGGUGCAAUCGAAAUUGGACAUUUGCGUGGAUGCGGUGCUUACGCCUACGACAGCUGGAGAAUCUUUUGUCGCGACGCUUUGCGUGGCGUUGCAGAGGAUUACAACGGCAAGGGUGCAACUGAGGAAGGAUUUGUUCCUGAAUGGAAACGCGUCGUGCCCAAGGAUAAAGAGUUGAGGGCCUGCUUGAGGUGGAUGUGGUUGCGGGAAGGAUAUAUCUGGAAUCCGAUUACGGGCGAAAAGCGACCUGCCGGCGAAGAGGAAAUGAAGCGGGCGGAGCUGGGUACGAUGGAAUUUGACGACACGCAGGAAGCGAAGUUUUCCGCUCAAGCUGCCGGGGUAGGAAUCUCUCCUCAGAAGCAGCUUACCGCAGAUCCCUUGCCGCGCAGCCAAGAGGCGGGUGGCGGAGACAAGGAAGGAGCGGGCGACUUCACUGCUGACCACGUUGAACGUAAUGCUGGACGGGAGAACGUUGUCGGCGCGGAAGCGUCAGAUGAUGGCGAGAAGGAUGAGAAGGAGGGAAUCCCCAAGCGCGAGAGAAGAAUGAGCACGGUCUCGAAUACCAGCAGCAGGCGCAAGACCCCCGUACGCGAAGUGAAGGCCGUGCGAAGCAUCGAACCGCCGGACACUCCCCCAGCGACGAGAACCAGAUCAAAGGUUGCUGCCAAGCAAGAAGAAUCGUCGAGGCGUGGCUGCGCUGUGGCAUAG